CUUUCCACUCUCUCGCAUCCACCACCGAGGCUUCACCGGUAGUGAUAGAUAGCAUCCGCUUCAGAUCAAACCCAUCUGCCCGUAGCUCGCUGCUUCCUAGCUCGACACCGGAGCCCGUGUGUGCCUGUGCCCAUGGAUCACCAGCGCGUGCACCCAAACGGGGCGCCGGCGGGCGACCUGGAGAUGGGUCAUCACGCCGUUGUGUACCCGCCGUUGCCGGCGCAGCCGGCUCAGCCCGUGAACCAAGAGCGGCUCGGCGGGCACCACCCCGACAACUGGGGGGGCAACGACGCCAACACGCUGCUGGUUGUGGCCACGCUGAUCACGACGCUCACGUACCAGCUCGGCACCAGCAUCCCCGGCGGCUACUGGCAGCAGGACGUCCCGCGGUCGCCGCAGGACAACACGGUGAUGUACCUCGCUGGCGACCCCAUCAUGCGCGACCUGCACCGCCCCAGGUACUACGUGUUUAUGGGUGCGAGCUGGGUGGGGUUUGCGAGCUCGAUGAUGAUGACGCUGAGCCUGCUGGUGCGGAUGCCCGUGGCCUCGCGCCACGUGCGGUGGUCGUUCGUGGUGGCCUACUCCAGCCUGGUGCUCACCUUCGUGGUGUCGCAGCCAAAGACGCAUCUGUCUCUGGACAUCAUCAUGUGGGCGGCCGUCCUCGCCUUCCUCUGGAUCAUCAUCAGCCUCCACCCGGACCGCCGCGCGCGCGUCAUCCAAGAUCUCUGCUGCAGCGGCCGCGACAACUGAACUGAAGGAGUCGAACUACCGCAUCACGGCCGAGCUGUUCACCAUCUUGCCUGAUUUCUCUCUUCCUUUUUGCUCUGUGUGUUCACCUUCACCCUGACGGAUCACCGACUGAUUAGUUGCUCACGAUAUUGGUGGUACGAUGGAAUUGGUUGCUGAUUGACUCGGUUUUCUUCUCAGCUAAUGAAUCCAGAUGCAUGAACUGCUCUCAUGCGAAUUAAUUAUAGCCAUGUAGCCAUGGCCAUGUGACAAGUCACAAAGAUAUCUGGUGAAAUCUGACAUGCAAGUUGUGGGAAAUAGAAACUCUGUCCUUGCUUGAGAGGAGAUGCAGUACAUCCAUAGAUCAUUGGCAUGAUUAUGUGUAAAUUUACGCCUCCUUCACUUUGAAAACUAGAUAUUUCCAUGUCAACAUGUAAAGAAAAAGAGAAAUUCAUGGAAAUCGUCUGGUUUUGCUA